UCACUGCACGUGUCUCUGUGUAAUAGACGUGAACUCAGAACGGACGCACGCAGAGAGCAACAUGAAGUUUUUGAUUGUAGCAACCGUUUUGUUCGGUGCCGCUUUGGCCCAACAACAGAGGCGCCAACCGGCCCAAUACCAAGCUGAUCAAUACCAAGAUGAGCAAAACCAAGAUCAAUUCCAAGGCAAGCAAGCCCAACAAGUCUACCAACAGGAAUCCAAAGGCAGGCACGAAUCCACCACAUUCAUCCCAAUUAUCCGUUUCGAUAAAGAACAAGGAAACGACGGCAGCUACAAAUCAUCUUGGGAAACUGGUAACAACAUUUUGGCCCAAGAGGAAGGUUUCUUGAAGAACUUGGGACCAAACCCUGAAGAUCCAGGUGAAGACUUGAACGCCCAAGUCCAACAAGGAUCUUACUCUUACACCUCCCCCGAAGGUCAACUCAUCACUGUCACCUACACCGCUGACGAGAAAGGUUUCCACGCCACCGGUGACCAUUUGCCAACCCCACCACCAGUCAGCCCAGAAGUACAAAAGGGACUCGACCUCAUCUACGCCGGAAUCAAGGCCCAACAGGAAGCCGCUGAACGCGAUGCCGCCAACCCACAAUUGAGAAGGGAAAACCAAAUCCCACAAGACCACAACGGCCAAUACCGCCAAUAAGUCAAGUUUCUUUUUUAUUUACACUCUUUCCUAUGUCUAUGAAAUUCUUAUAAUUAACGUGAUCACUUUUCGAGGCUUACUAAAUCCAUCUAGUUUACUUCUUUACACUAAGCCUUUAUAGACUGACAAUCACACGUGUGAAAAUAAAAGUAGAAAACACCUGGUUUCGAAUGGAAACUAUU